AGAAAAAAAGAACAUAUCUCUCUUUUUGGAUACUUGUAUCUUGUUAUUAUAAUUUCAUCAAUGGCUAUUCCAGUAAUUGAUUUCUCAAAACUUAAUGGAGAGGAGAGAGACAACACUUUGGCUCAGAUUGCCACUUGCUGUGAAGAAUGGGGAUUCUUUCAGUUGGUGAAUCAUGGGAUUCCUGUGGAACUUCUUGAGAAGGUGAAGAUAGUUUCUUCAGAAAGCUUCAAGAAGGAAAGAGAAGAGAAUUUCAACAAGUCAACAGCAAUGAAAUUGUUGAAUGAGAUGGAGAACAAUAAUAGCAAAGUUGAAAAUGAAGACUGGGAAGAUGUAUUCCUUCUCACUGAUGAUAAUGAAUGGCCCUCCAACAUUCCUCAAUUCAGGGAAAUAAUGAAAGAGUAUCGAUCAGAAGUAAAGAAUCUAGCACAACGAGUGAUGGAAGUAAUGGACGAAAACUUAGGUCUACCAAAAGGCUACAUCAAUAAAGCCUUCAAUAACGGCGAAGAAGGUUCCAAAAAUGCAUUUUUCGGGACUAAAAUCAGUCAUUAUCCACCUUGUCCAAAUCCCGAAAUGGUGAAUGGUCUACGAGCACACACCGAUGCUGGUGGUGUAAUUUUGCUUUUUCAGGAUGAUCAAGUGGACGGUCUCCAAAUCCUUAAGGAUGGCGAAUGGAUCGACGUUCAGCCGAUCCAGAACGCCAUCGUCAUCAACACGGGUGACCAAAUUGAGGUCCUUAGUAACGGGAAAUACAAGAGUGUUUGGCAUCGAGUUUUGGCUAAGGAAAGUGGAAAUAGAAGGUCAAUUGCGUCUUUUUACAAUCCUUCUUUAAAAGCUACUAUUGCUCCUGCACCUCAGCUAAUUCAUGUUAAGAAUAAUAAAGAAGAUAAUAAGGUGGAAUUAAUUAGUAAUUAUCCAGCUUUUGUGUUUGGUGAUUACAUGAAUGUUUAUAGUGAACACAAGUUUUCACCUAAAGAGCCAAGAUUCCAAGCUGUCAGAGCCAUGUGAUGAUAUGGUCAAGGAGACAUUUUAUUAUUCCAUUUUAUCAUAGUUUAUUUUAAUUAUUUUUUUUGUAAUGUGUGGAGUCUAUUUUUUUUCCUUCUUUGUUUGGUUCGUAUGGAAUUGUUUGUAUUACUUGUUUGUCAAUCAUCAAUAUAGCAGUGCACAAAAUUAUGCCUGCUUUCUUGGAUUAUUUUUUUUGUAUUUUCUCUUUCGCGAUAUGUAUCUAAAUAUUAAUUCUGUCUUUGUAAAUCACAUAUAUAAUAUGGACAUGCUCUCAUGCAUGUGUGCUUUUAUAAUAUAUAGAUUAAUUAUAUAA